UAUGCAACAUUUGCUUCAUUACAGGUCUUGGAUACAAAAGAUGUACAGGUAUUUAAAGUGACUGUAAACGGACAGGAUGCAAAAUUUGGUUUUGGAGAAAAGCACAGUUUCAAGGGGACCCCCCUGGAAAUCACACUUCCUUUUGAACUAAGAAGGGGACAAGAAGCAAUUGUCGAAAUCUCUUUUGAAAGCUCUCCAAAGUCUUCAGCUCUUCAAUGGUUUACUCCAGAGCAAACUUCUGGAAAGAAACACCCAUUUCUCUUCAGCCAGUGUCAGGCUACCCACUGCAGAGCCAUCCUUCCAUGCCAAGACACACCUGCUGUGAAACUAACAUACUAUGCAGAGAUAUCUGUUCCUAAAGAGCUGGUGGCUCUUAUGAGUGCUCAUCGUGAUGGAGAGAUGCCUGACCCAGAGGACAGCAGUCGGAAGAUAUACCGUUUCAGUCAGAACGUUCCCAUACCUUGCUACUUGAUUGCUUUAGUGGUUGGAGCUUUAGAAAGCAGAAAGAUUGGCCCAAGGACACUGGUGUGGGCGGAAAAGGAGCUAGUGGAUAAAUCAGCCUAUGAAUUUGCUGAGGCUGAAGCUAUGCUGAAAACGGCAGAAGAUUUAGCAGGACCCUAUGUAUGGGGACAGUAUGAUUUGUUAGUCUUGCCACCUUCUUUUCCUUACGGUGGUAUGGAGAACCCUUGUCUUACUUUUGUAACUCCAACGCUACUGGCAGGUGAUCGAUCUCUGUCAAACGUUAUUGCUCAUGAAAUCUCUCACAGCUGGACAGGCAAUUUGGUAACAAACAAAACAUGGGAGCAUUUUUGGCUGAAUGAGGGACAUACUGUAUACCUGGAACGCAGGAUUGGUGGUCGGUUGUUUGGUGAGCAGUUCAGGCACUUUCAAGCCCUAGGAGGUUGGAGGGAACUGCAGAAUACGAUAAAUACUCUUGGAGAUGAAAAUCCUAUAACUAACCUCGUCCCUAAUCUCAAUGAAGUAGAUCUUGAUGCUGUCUAUUCAUCUGUUCCGUAUGAGAAAGGCUUUGCUUUGCUUUUUUAUCUUGAACAACUUCUUGGAGGACCAGAUGUCUUCGUUGGCUUCCUGAAGGCUUACAUUCAGCAGUUUGCUUAUAAGAGCAUAGUAACCGAGGACUGGAAGAAGUUCUUGUACUCCUACUUCAAGGAUAAGGUUGGGUAAUGUUUAAAACUGAUUACUUGAAAUCUU